AUGUCCAAUAGCAAAUUACAUGUUACUCUCCUCGCGGACGAAUGGAAGUCUUCCAAAGGUGGCCUGUCGACCAUAAAUCGAGAGUUGGCGAUACAUUUGGCUAAACAUCCCAAUGUGUCCGUAACUUUCUUAGUCCCGAAAUGCACUGAAGACGACAAAAAUGCAAGUAGUAGUUGUAACGUGCGUAUCGUUAAAGCACGGGAGCGGUAUGGAUUCGAUCCGGUUGAUUGGUUAAGUUUUCCACCGAAUGAUCUCCCCAUAGACAUAGUCAUUGGCCAUGGUGUAAAACUUGGUAAACACGCUCAAAUAAUAAGGGAAAGCCAUCGGUGUAAGUGGGUUCAAGUUGUACAUACCGCCCCUGAGCAACUUUCCAUGUUGAAAACGUACUCAGAUUGUGAAAAUGCCAUAUCUAGGGGCGACAGAAAACAGUGGAAUGAAAUUCAACUGUGCAAGAUUGCUGAUCUAGUGGUGGCUGUUGGACCAAGGCUUUGGGAGUUUUACUCACGUUACCUUCGCAGAUUCAAAAUAGAUGUAUUCAAUCUUACGCCAGGCAUCUUUUCUGAAUUAUCCUCGUUAGAGCUUUCCAUACCCGUUGAAGGUGAGAUGUUCAAUAUCCUGUUGUUUGGACGAGGUGACUCGGAAGAUUUUGCACUCAAGGGUUUCGACAUUGCGGCCAAAGCAGUCGCUCAACUGAAUGACACAAGUUACCAGCUUGUCUUUGUGGGUGCAACAAGUGGAAACGAGAAAGAAUUGGCAGACAAAUUGCUUGAGGGCGGCUUAAGGAGAAAACAGCUGAUUGUGAAAGAAUAUCUUGAAGAUUGGGAAGAUCUUGCUACAGUGCUAUCUGCAGCAGAUCUUGCUAUUAUACCUUCAAGAUCGGAAGGAUUUGGUUUAACCGCCUUGGAGGCGUUAUCUGUUGGUCUGCCUUUUCUUGUCACCCAAACCAGUGGAUUUGGAAAGGCUCUACAAGGUGCUCUUCCUCAGAGUACCCCCUGGAUUGUAGAUUCUGAGGAAUCAGAUAAGUGGGCUGAAGCUAUUAAAAGUGUCCGAAAAAAGGGUCGCAAAGCUGCAAUUGCAGAAUGUCAAACUCUACGGGAAAGCUAUGGCAAGAAGUACAUCUGGGAGAGUCAAUGCAAUGCUCUUGUGGAAAAGAUGGUUAGCCUCGUUAGUGGUGAGUAA